AUGACCUCCUCCGUUUCCAUGCCUGGCAUAAAAGUCGUCUCUUCCCUCCAAUCGGCCACAAACACAUCCUCCCCCGCUACACCAGGCGUCCCUCAACAACUCCAAGUCCAAUCUCAAACCCAGCACCAGCCCCAACAGGAAGAUCAACAAGGCAUACCACAACCCGCUCCCUUCCCCCCUCCACAAACGUUUGAUAUCCUCCCCUCGCUCCACGACCUUCUCCUCCGCCUUGCCUCAAGCUCCUCAAACCCGCACCAACACCAGACAGAUCCAACCUCUGCAGGCGACAACGAUGGCCCAUCAUCAGCUAUAGGAGGACCGGGGACGGGACCCGGAGUUGCCGCAAACACAACUGCUGCGCGCCCCACAUCUGUAGAUGCAGCGGCGGUGGCAUUUCUGGACCCGAAGUUGCUACUAUCGGAAGCUAGUGCGGUGAAGAUUCGCAUCCAAAAAGCAAAAGCGGCGUUGGAGUCAUUGCCUGAUAUACAGCGGGGUGUGGCGGAGCAGGAGGAUGAGAUUAGAGUAUUAGAAGAGAGGAUCGAGAGGUUGAAGGGGAUCAUUGUCGAGUUUGGAAAGAGGAGUACGGGGUUUGCAGGGGUUCCAGGAAUGGGAUAA